GCAGGGACAAUUCUGUUAUUGAUCUCUCUGCAGGACACCUCCGAACUUUUGUCCACAAAAAUGCCCGCCACCUCAGAGAUGCACACCGUGGAGCUGCAGCGGCAGGACUGCCGUGAGGAGAAGGAAAAGAUGGCGGCUCCGGCUCCGGAGAAGAAGUUCGGAAUGUUCUGCGAUGAACGCGGGUACCUGGACCAGAUCGAGUACAUCAUGCAGCACGGCCGCAGGAAGGGAGACCGAACCGGGACAGGAGUCAUCUCUGUGUUCGGGGCUCAGGCCAGAUACAGUCUGAGAGACCAGUUUCCCUUAUUGACAACCAAGAGAGUGUUCUGGAGAGGAAUCCUUGAAGAACUGCUGUGGUUCAUCAAGGGUUCAACAAAUGCAAAGGAACUGUCAGAGAAAGGAGUGAAAAUCUGGGAUGCCAACGGUUCCCGGGACUUCUUGGACAACCUCGGGUUCACAGAGCGAGAGGAGGGCGACCUGGGGCCUGUGUACGGCUUCCAGUGGAGGCACUUUGGUGCAGAGUACAAAAACAUGCAUGCAGAUUACACAGGACAAGGAGUUGACCAGCUGCAGAAAAUCAUCGACACCAUCAAGAAAAACCCAGAGGACCGACGGAUCAUCAUGUGCGCUUGGAACCCAAAAGACCUGCCCCUCAUGGCUCUGCCGCCCUGCCACGCUCUCUGCCAGUUCUACGUGUGUGACGGUGAGCUGUCGUGUCAGCUGUACCAGCGCUCGGGUGAUAUGGGUCUGGGAGUGCCGUUCAACAUCGCCAGCUAUGCGCUCCUCACCUACAUGAUCGCUCACAUUACAGGACUCAAGCCUGGCGACUUUGUUCACACUCUCGGAGACGCGCACAUCUACGUCAACCACAUCGAACCUCUCAAAGUGCAGCUUGAGAGGGAGAUCCGACCUUUCCCCAAACUGAAGAUCCUGAGACAAGUGGAGAGCAUUGAUGAUUUCCGUGCGGAGGACUUUGAGAUCUGCGACUACAACCCACAUCCCACCAUCAAGAUGCAGAUGGCCGUGUGAAGCCACCAUCAUCCCACAGUAUGUUCUGUAGAAAUGUCUGCUUCACUCGUACAUAUUUUAUAAGUUGAGUUUAGCCAACUCACCAAACGAGGGUUCAAAAGGAUUUAAUUUAAGUAAACUGAAACCUCAUUAAGCACUUAUAGACGGUGUUUUCUUCCCUUUUUUCAACUGUAAAAGACACAAGUGUUGGGUGUUUUCUUUCAUUUUCUGUACUUUUAUUGAUAAAUUAUCUAAAUCUGUAAAUAAAUAUGUGAACUUUA